AGGAGCUCUCGGCACGGACGCUCGGUGUGGCUGGUGCGCGACCCGCUUGAAUUAUUUGGAAGUGUAUUGUACAUUGUGUAUCUUAUUUAUUGUAUAUGUUGUAUAAGUGUAAAUAAAGUACUAAAGUACAAAAGAUUCAAACGUAACAAAAUACCUUUUCUCUAAAAUGAUCAUUUAGAUCAACAAAACGAUCAAUCUUCUUCUUCCUCUUUGACAAAACAUCCGUUGUUGGUACAAGACCUGGCUGUAACACUAGUGGGGUUGGUUUUCAGUGACUUAUUCAUUAGCCAUAGCAGGAUAGCCACUUCUAUGUAUGGGGGCAAGGUUCGUUCGGGGCUUGAAAUCAUGACGAGCAUGUAUUUAAGUCGUCCAAGUUGGCCACUGUACUACAGGACCAGCCGUAUAACGACCAUUAAUGCGCAUAAAGUGGAUAGUAACAACCGACUUUACGAAUUUCAAGAAUAUGUUGUUUAUACAGUUGCAAACAUUCAAACACAGAAAUUGUUCAAAUGUAGGUUGCAGCUACACGCAUCCGAAGAAGACAGCAGAUUUCGCAGCAACAGAAAAGUGGAGUGUGGAUAUAAAAGACGGAAGAAUGAAUAGGAUAUAGUAAGUCCCAGUUUCAAAGCCAACCAAGCAGCCAACAUGAAGUUCGCAUUCGCCUUCGUCUUGAUUGCUCUGUUCGCGGUAUUCGCCGUCUCCCAGGCACUGCCUCAACCUGAGCAGGCCGCCGCUUCCAGCAACGAUGGAGCCAGUGCUAUCACCAAGAUCGUGCUAGAGCUUACCCCGGAGCAGGCCGCCGCAGUUCAGAAAAUGGGAGGCCGCGGAUUCUGGCCUAUUUUGAUGAAGAGCGUGAAGAAGGUCAUGGCCAUCGGUUGUGAUUUGAUUGAUUGCGAGAAGCAACAAUAAGUGUCAAUAAACGAUGUGUGAAAAAUAGAG